AUGUUAGUGCAGAUCAGCCAUCUUUCAACGUGUGCCUGUUUAAGUGAUAAACGUAUUUAUCCAACAUUUUUUAGGACUGUUCCCAGUGAUCAGUUUCAAAUUUCGGCUUUGGUACAGCUCAUGAAACAUUUUGGCUGGCAGUGGGUAGGAAUAAUUCACAGUGCUGAGGUAUAUGCAUCUGAUGGUGUAGCUGAGUUCAUUAAGCAAGGAAAAGCUGAGGGUAUCUGUGUGGAAUAUGUGAUUUAUUACAAGAGAACAGAUACCAAGAUAGAACAUAAAGUAACAGAGCAACUGAAAGCCUCCACAUCAAGCGUAGUCCUGCUAUACAUGUCAUUAACCUACACAAGAGAGUUAUUUAAAAACGUAGACGGGAAUAAGUUACCUCGUAAACAAUGGAUAGGAAGUGAAGCUUGGAUCUCACAGAGAGAUUUGGCUUCCCUUGGAAGUAAGAACGUAUUGCAUGGGGCAAUGGGGUUUGCUCUGCCUCAGUCUAUUAUUCCAGGUCUUUCAGAGUUUCUUCUGAGCCUGAAACUGAGUGAUGAACCAGAGAGUGUUAUGAUCAAAGCUUUUUGGGAAAGUUUCUUUGACUGCAGCUUCUCUUCAUCAAAUACCACAAAGCUCUGUAGUGGGGAUGAGGAUCUCAGAACAAUCUCCAGUGCCUACACAAACACAGAAUUAAGAUCUGUGAGAAAUGUGUACACAGCUGUGUACUCGAUUGCACAUGCUCUUAAUGCGUUAUUGCAAUGUGAAAAUGGAUUUAAUCCCACCACAGGAAAACACUGUGUAAACAAGACUGAUGUCCAGCCCAAACAGGUACAGAAUGUUCGGAUAAAUAACUAAGUAUGGUCUGAAAG